ACAUCUUUCCUGAAAAAAGAAAAAAUCUCGACCUCUUAAUUGUCUUGCCAAAUUAUUAUUAUUAAUAAUAGUAUGCUUAUUUUAUCAUCUGUCGUCACAUAAUAAAAAGGCUGAAACGGCCAGACUCAUUUGUCUUUCUCACGAGUCCUGCUCUUCUUCCAGAGCAGAGAGCACCCUCAUAUACUAGUACUGCUAUUGUUUCUAUUGAGUUCUUCUCUUCUUGUUCAUCACAAUAUACAAGAAAGAAAUAUAGAAUUUGGUGGGUUAAGGAUGAAAAGUAAGAUUAACUCUUUGUUGGGCAGAAGUUUGAUCAAGACCUCAAAGUUCAAGCCUUUGGUGAGUCUAGCCAUCUCUCGCCUUGCUGUUCUCAAAAACCAGCGUCAAGUCAGGUGCUCCCAAGCCCGCUCUGAUGUUGUUCAGCUCCUCCAACAGGGCCACCAUGAACGAGCUAUUCUUCGGGCGGAGCAUGUGAUCAAGGAGCAGAAUAUGUUAGAUGUGUAUGACAUGAUAGAGGGCUAUUGUAACCUCUUGAUUGAAAGGAUUCACCUCAUUGAACAUGAAAGAGUGUGUCCUGAAGAAUUGAGAGAGGCAGCAUCAGGGUUGCUUUAUGCAGCUUCAAGAUGUGGGGAUUUUCCGGAGCUCCAAGAGAUUCGUGGGGUUCUCACAUCUCAUUUCGGCAAGGAAUUUACUGCUCGUGCUGUUGAGUUACGCAACAACUGUGGUGUUAACCUUACGUUAAUACAAAAGCUAUCAACCAGGCAGCCAACCUUAGAGAGCAGAAUGAAGGUGGUUAAAGAAAUUGCUGCUGAGAAUAGCAUUGCUCUGCAACUUGAGGAAGCUGUUUCUUCUCCGACUCAGGAGUUGGAUGUACAAAAGAACCAAAACCAACCACCACCAAACCCGUCUUCUUCCAGUUCACGUGGAACCGGGUCAGGCGAUAGUUUGCAUAUCAUGCCAGAAGAGAUUGAAAACAAUGGCUCAGCUAAGGGAAAGAAGAAAUACAGAGAUGUUGCUGAUGCAGCUCAGGCUGCCUUUGAGUCCGCCGCUUAUGCAGCAGCGGCUGCAAGAGCAGCAGUCGAACUUUCUAGAUCCGGACAUGAUUUUGAUAAUCAGGAUAGUCCUGGAAGUCGACAGGAAUGGUCAGCGCGCAAAAACAAGUCCAUGAAAAUUGAAUCUGAUUCAGAAGAGGAGAAGACUCCAGUUGGAAAUCAAACAGCAGAAUUGAGAUCACUGUCUUCUUCGAGUUCAGAAACCAUAACCCAAGGCAAUCCUUCGGGGAAGGGUGUGGUUUUUGAUGAGAGUGAGAGCGAGACAAUAAUUGGAAACAAGAGUAAGCUUCCAUCUCAAUUGCAAAUUCCUUCAAGAUUUCAAGCAGGUCUAGAGGUCGACUCAGUUCAACAAAACUCCAUGGAACAUGAAGCUGAGAGCUCUGACACUGGGAGUACAAUGCGCUUAAACUUAGAGAGAGGGCCAUUAUCUGUGAGAACUCGACGAGUGCGAGGGUACUGAGGCUUUUCCUGUUACAGUUUUCACAUGCAUAUGAAUUUUGCUAGUGUGGUUAUAGCAUAAGUUUAUUCAUAUUUUUUUUGUUUUUACUUUUGCUUGAUAUCUUCGAUGUAUAUUGCCUUUUGAAAGCGUGAUCUUUGUGCUUUGAGCUUUUAUAAUGAAGUUGAAAAUGGUUCAAAUUGCAA